AUGGGGACAGAUUUGGGCUCUUUCGAUAUUACUAUCAUAGGUGCUGGUUGCAUUGGAUCUGCUUGUGCACGACAUUUAAGUCAACUUUGUGAGAAGAAAAUUUGCUUGAUAGGACCGGAUGAACCCGAUCAUCCAAGAUCACAAGAUACUGAGCGCAGUGUGUAUGGAGCUCAUUACGAUGCUGGCAGAAUUACACGAAUUCUAGAUCCUGAUCUUGUAUGGGCCAAGUUAGCUCAACGUUCCAUACCACGCUAUGUAGAAGUAGAAGAAAAAUCAAAUAUGCAAUUUUAUACUCCAUCUGGAUAUUUAGGUGUCGUUGAAGAAGGAACUAGCUAUAUUGAUAAAGUAAAGGAAUGUGCCAAACUUUUGCAAGUCGAAUUUGAAUUGCUUGAUCAUCAGCAGCUCAAAUCGAAAUUUCCUUAUUUUUCUUUUCCUCCCUCAUGCGUUGGUAUUUAUCAACCAAGUCAAGGUGGCUACAUUAAUAUUCGUCAACAUGUUAUUGCACAAAUGACGAUAGCUCAAAAACAAGGAUGUACAUUAAUUAAAGAAAUUGUUGAUAGGGUCGAUCGAGAUGAUCGUGGCCAAUUUAAAAUUGUCACUGAAAAGGGAAAUUAUUUAUAUAGUGGUAAAGUGAUUCUUGCUACAGGUGCUUUUACGCCCUUUAAAAAGUUGUUACCAGAUCCCCCAAAGCAAUUGGAUAUUGAAUUGAUGAAAGAAACAGUAGUUAAACUACAAGUUAAAGAUAAGGAUUUGCGAGAUAUGAAGUCAAUGCCAGCUGUCAUCUAUUUCACUGGCAAAGAUGCUCGUUACGAUUGCUAUAUCCUACCACCAAUUCGUUAUGAUGAUGGAAAAUUUUAUAUUAAGAUUGGUCAUGGCUUGACUGGUUCUGAUAAACUAGAUGAUCAUCAGCAAGUUAUUGAGUGGUAUCGCAAUGUUGAAUCUGACAAUCUUGUGGAGGUCUUGGUAAAAACAAUAAAUCGAUUAAUGCCAACAUUUGAAUAUGGCUCUGUAGUUACUGACCAUUGCGUUUCCACUCACACUCCUAGCAAUCAUGUCAUGAUUGGUGAAGUUAACGAAGGAGUUACUGUGUUAACUGGCGGUUGUUCUCAUGCGGCUAAAUCAGCAGACGAAAUUGGGCAUUUGGGUGCUUUAACAGCAUUAAGUAAUGAUUGGUCUUACGAUAUUCCAAAGAGUGAAUUUUCCGUUUAUUUUAAGCAGAAUUAA